AUGUCUAGAAGACCUGGAGCAGGAGUGAAUGAUCGACAUACACUUCUUUCAUCAGCUGCUUAUCCAUCUUCAUAUCGUAUUGGAAGUGGAUUUCGUAACGUAUCCACAUUCGAACAACCAUAUGGGGAUACAUCUGAUCCUUAUGCAGAAUACGAUGUUCAUAAAGGAGCUCCAAAGAAAGAACCUGGAGCUUUGGGUGCAUCGGAUGUAGGAAGAGGAUUUUCUAAUCUGUUUGGAUUACGUACUGCCGAACAAUUGGAAGAACAAAAUGAUGAACAUUUAGAAGGAUUAAGUGCGAAAGUUCGAAUUUUAAAAGAUAUCACUGUAGGAAUCGGAAAUGAAGUUAGAGAUUCUACCAAAGAUUUGGAUUCAUUGGGAGAAGCUUUCAGCAAUAGUUCUGCAUUUCUAGGAAAUACGUUUAACCGAAUGAAACAUAUGGCUUCACGUCAAGGUAGCUGGCAUUGCAAUAUGUUCUUGUUCGUCCUUUUCAUCAUUUGGAUCUUCGUCAUAUUGUGGUGGUGGCGACGUUAACUCAGCUCGACAUCCAGUAAAAAUUCAUUGUACAGUAUUGCAUCUUCUUACACAAAAAACACAUU